AUGGAAAGUGAACCUCGAGAAAAGGCUUAUACGUUUGUGACGUACACAGCGUUGACCUUCUCCUUAGUAUCAAUCUUGGCCAUUUUUGUUACUUUACCUAUGGUUAAUAACUACGUGAACAGUAUCAAUGCCAGGGUUGCUGAAGAAGUUGAAUACUGUCAGACAUCAGCUCGUGAAGUAAUGCUUGAAAUGCGGGACUACCGUGCACCAUCAGGACUAGAUAAAGUAAUUUCAGUCGUUGAUGGCAGUAAUUAUAAAGCACUUAAUAUUACUCGUGCUAAAAGGCAAUCUGGAUGUGAAGGAUGUUGUUUACCUGGGGCACCAGGUCCAGAUGGAAUUCCUGGCAAGCCAGGAAUGCCAGGACGUCCUGGAGCACUAGGUGCUCCGGGAUUCCCAGGAAGACCACCAAGGCAGGCUGAUUUUUUCUUUCGAUACUUUUUAAGCACAUUAGUACAAAUUCAGAUUUGCGAAGAGUUAGAACCACCGCCAUGCAAGCCAUGCCCACCAGGCCCUCCAGGACCACCUGGAUCCGGCGGUGAUAAAGGUUUGUCUUUUUAA